AUGUCUGAAUGGAAAAUUGGAGAUUUUCAUGAGAAUAGUUUUGUUUUUUUUCAAGAUGGUGUUGUGAGUUUUUUUAAAGCAAUUUUGGUGUGCCAUGGCUGGGUGAUGAUUGGAGAUGUUCAUGAGGAUAGUUUUGUUGGAGGUGAUGAUUCAUGGCUGUGUGAAAACGACAUGAUGAUGGUAGUGACUAGUGAGUGGGGAAUAUGUGGGGAACGAUUUGAGAAUUGGGGUAAUUUUGGUCGCGGUGGCGGUGGUGGAGGUGGUUGCAGUGGUGGUGAUGGUGGAGACGAUGGUAGAAGGGGUUAUGAAGGAAGAGUAGGCGAAAAUGGCGGUGGUAGUGGUUCAGAGGCGGCAGUGGUGGUGACGGUGCAUGUUUAUGGCGGUAGUAACGGUGGUGGCGGUGAACGUUUGUGGUGGAUGAUGGUAGAGGUGGAGGGUGGUGGUAACAAUGGAGGUGAUAUUCGUGGUAGCAAUGAAAGUGGUGGUGUUGGUGGCAAUGGAGGUGAUGGCGGUGAUAAUGGUGGUGGUGAACGGUUUUGA